AUGUCAAUAUCAGCGAGUGACAACGAUAGUCAAGAUAAAAAUUUGGAUGAGGGUUUGGUCGGUGAAGGAGGAAAUAAAAAAGAAAGGAUGUCAUUGCCACUUUUCCCGUUAUUUGUGUUGAGUAUAGUGAUUUUUAGUGAACCCAUGAGUUCAACUAUUUUAUUACCAUUUGUGUAUUUUAUAGUUCGAGACUUUCAUUUGACUGACAACGAUAAAGAGAUCAGAUUUUAUGCUGCUUCAUCUUUUUUCUUUGCUCAAUUCUGUUGCGUGAUUUUCUGGGGUUACAUGUCUGAUAAAUUUGGUCGACGUCCAAUUUUGCUGAUCGGAUUGUUGGGCAACAUUAUAUCUUGUACAUCAUUUGACACAAGUAAAACCUUAUGGUGGGCCAUAGCUUCCAGAAGUCUUAAUGGUGGUUUAAACGCAAAUGUGGGGGUGACAAAAAGUUUGCUUGGUGAGAUAACUGAUUCUACUAAUAAAGCAAGAGCUUUUUCCAUGUUUGGCUUGACUUGGGGUAUUGGCUGUAUAAGACCAACCAUUGGUGGAUAUUUGUCGCAUCCUGCUGACCAUUUUUCGAGGCUUGUCUGUAGAUAUUUCAUGUUACCUGAAACGCGUAAUAUCAUUCGAAAAUCUGAAUACAAGCCUGAGAGUGAACUGUUACUUUAUACAAAACAUAAUAAUCGCUCUGAUGAUGUUGGAUCUUAUGGAAUUAGUUCUCUCAAUGGUAACAGAGAAACGCGUAUUACUGAUAAUAAUUCAACAUUAAGCACGGAUAACUGGAAAUUUCGUCUUUUACAUGAUAUAUCUCCUGCUAUCCCAUCUCAUCUCCUAUGGAAUAUUUUGAAUACCAUUUCACGAGAAGUUCUUGGCACUGUAAAUGGAAUAGGACAAACAAUAGCAUCCCUUUCUCGUGCUAUUGGAUCCGCGUUAGGAGGAGUUCUUUGGGCUUGGUCUUUGAAUAAUAAUCUCAGAUUCCCAUUUGAUCGUUAUUUUGUCUUCAUUGUGAUGAGUGCAAUGGCGUUUAUUGGGUGGCUCCAGAGUUAUAGGAUACCACGCCGGUUAUUCAAAUCUUAA